AUGAAUCUCUCGCUAAUUGACCCGUUUAUUUUGGCUCAGGAUUAUCCUGAUACACUGACUGAGAAGCUCAGGAGUGGCCAUGCAACAUGUUUGAAGUUUAGUCACACCGGUGACUACCUCGCAUCCGGACGAGUGGAUGGAACUGUCGUUAUAUUUGAUAUCGAGACAAAUGGCGUCGCGCGCAAGCUGAAGGGUCAUACUCGUCAGAUCCAGUCUCUCAGUUGGUCUCGAUGUGAUCGCUACCUCCUCACCUCCUCACAGGACUGGAAAUGUACCCUAUGGGAUCUUCAAGACGGUUCUCGCAUACGGAUAGUUAGAUUUGAGGCGCCAGUAUACAUCGCUGAGCUGCACCCAUUCAACCAUCUUCUAUUCGUUGCCUCCCUCUUUGAAGACCAGCCCGUCCUGGUCGAUGUCUCCGGAGAAACACCCAUUAAACGAAUCCUUCCUUCCGCUCCACAUCGAGCUCUGCCUUCAAACGGCGAAGAAGUAGACCCAGCAGUUGCAGCGAAGCAAGCCGCCCAAGAUGCGAAGCAGUCAACCUGCGUCACCAUAUUCACAGCCUUCGGAAACCACAUUAUUGCCGGGACCUCCAAAGGAUGGAUCAACAUCAUCGAAACCGAAACCUGCACAACCAUUCACUCCAUGCGUCUCUGCAACGGAGUGGUUAUCCUCCUUCGCCUCGCUAGUAACGGACGAGACCUUCUAGUAAACAGCUCAGAUCGCGUUAUCCGCACCGUCAUAAUGCCCGACCUCUCUCAAUUAGGCAUUGACCUCGAACCCGCCGCAAUAAAACUUAACGUGGAACACAAGUUCCAGGAUGUUGUUAACCGCUUAAGUUGGAACCACGUUACAUUCUCCUCGACUGGUGAAUUCGUCACUGCAACCACAUACAUGAAUCCCGAUAUCUACGUCUGGGAACGAAGCCAUGGAUCCCUCGUUAAGAUCCUCGAAGGUCCACGCGAGGAACUCGGUGUCGUCGAGUGGCACCCGGGUCGACCAAUGGUGGUAGCCUGUGGACUCGAAUCCGGAUGCGUGUACAUUUGGUCGAUCAUAAGUCCACAGAAAUGGUCAGCACUUGCGCCGGAUUUCAGUGAAGUCGAAGAGAACGUGGAAUACAUGGAGCGGGAGGACGAGUUUGACGUACACCCCGCUGAACAGGUGCAUCAGCGCCGACUGGAUCUUGAAGAUGAGGUGCCGGAUGCGAUCACAAUGGAUAAUGUUAAGGAUGGGGACGUUGUGCCGUUUAGUAUGCCUGUUCUCCUGGAUAUCUCGGAUAGUGAGAGCGAGGAGGAAAUUAUCGCUGUUGGACCUGGUACUAUGCGGCGACGAACCCCGGGUGCAGGCCGUGAAGGCACCGAGGCAGAGGAGUCUCGCGCGAGUGGUGCUUCCCGUGGCUCUGGACGAAACCGCCGGCGUUAA